AUGCGUGCUCGUCUGGGUGAUUUCUACUGGCUUCACACGCCGAGACAAUUUGUCAAGGCAUGUAAAGACGUCAAGAUGUACGCUGACGGCUACAUUGCUCAAGCAUUGUCCGAUUCUAAAACAGGCCCAAACCAGACUCGGCCAGAUACGCAACAGAACUUAGCGUUCAUCAUGGAUCUUUUCGAUGAAUUGAAAGAUCCCGAGAAGGUUCGAGAUCAGCUAAUCAAUGUGCUUCUAGCAGGUCGCGAUACUACCGCAUGCCUGAUGACGUGGGCUGUCCGGCUGCUGGUCCGUCACCCACACGCUCUCAAGCGUUUACAAGCAGAGAUUGCCGAGGUCGUGGGAGAUCAAGUUUACAUGAGCCGUGCACAUAUCAGAAAGAUGACAUAUCUGCAACACGUGCUCGACGAGACGCUCAGGUUAUACCCUUCGGUCCCCAUUAACCUUCGCUUCGCUAAGAAGGCGACUGUCAUGCCCCGAGGUGGAGGUCCGGAUGGCAACGCUCCUGUCCACAUCAGGAAGGGCAUGUCCCUUACAUACUCGCCCUACCACAUGCACCGUCGAAAAGACCUGUGGGGCAAUGACGCACUCGAAUUCAAACCGGAGCGCUGGGCUGAUCCUGGGCUUACAGAGGCCAAGUGGAUAAAAUGGGGUUAUCUGCCCUUUAACGGUGGUCCGAGAGUGUGCCUUGGGAAGGACAUGGCACUAAUGGAGGCCUCAUACGGACUGGCUCGGGUCAUUCAAGCGUUCCCGAACCUGGCCUUACCCCCAGGUACCAAGAUGGAACCACCAGGAACUGAGAAGCAGGCCCUGACGCUGGUGCUUGCUAGCGGCGAUGGAUGCAAGGUAAUCAAAUAG